AGUGACUUCUUUGUCUAGAUCGGCAGUGGAAUACGCAGACUUAUAUUAUCUAAUGCGCGUUAUUUUUACGUUAAUUCUUUAAAGGUUGUAAGACAAGACAGUACUUAAUUUGUCUUGAUAAUAACGUGAUUUGACAUUCAUUGGUAAAAUGGUUGAGACGGAGGCCUAUCAAGGGGACCAGGGGAUGGCAGUGCGCAAGCCAUCCCCUGCUGCAGCUGACCUGGUGUCCACCCUCAAGAAGGCCCUCUUCAUCAUAGGCUCAACCACUAUUGUCUUUGUUGCCUUGAGGAACAGUCUCACAUAUCAUCUGCAGCACUUCUGGGGAGCUUCUGGUGACUUUUGGCAACACCAGUGGGACAAAAUCCUUCAGACUUUUGGAGAUGAUCCUUACUUCCUCAUGGUUUUUGGGUCAACAAUUGUGUCCUACUUUGUCUAUUGGAGCAUCGGCAUCCUGUACACCCUAAUGGACACGACAAGCAAGCCAGCCUUCCUCCGUCGAUACAAAGUGCAACCAGGAACAAAUGAACCAGUCGAACCUUGGAAGCUUGUAAAGUGUAUCCUUUGGGUACACUUCAACCAGAUCUUCGUGGGUAUUCCAUUUUCCAUUGCCAGUUACUACUUGCUUGCUCUGCGUGGCUACGACCAGUCCCCACAGCUGCCCACUUUCCACUGGGUACUCUUCGAGCUUAUUAUUUGCAUUUUGCUUGAAGAAGUUGGAUUUUACUACUCACAUAGGCUGUUCCACCACCGGCUGCUCUACAAGCACUUCCACAAGAUGCACCACGAGUGGCAAAGCCCCAUUGCCAUCACAGCCAUCUAUGCCCACCCAUUGGAGCACAUCUGUUCCAACCUCUCGCCAGUAUUCCUUGGCCCACUGGUCCUUGGCUCACACGUUGCUACUGUCUGGCUCUGGGUCAGCCUUACCAUCCUCAGCACCCUUAAUGCUCAUAGUGGAUAUCAUCUACCGUUCUUCCCAUCCCCUGAGGCUCAUGACUUCCAUCACUUGAAGUUCAAUCAGUGCUAUGGUGUAUUAGGGGUGCUUGACCUCCUCCAUGGCACAGACGACAAGUUCCGAGCCUCGAAGUGCUUCUCCCGCCACCUGAUGAUGCUGUCUCUCAUUCCCCCCCGUGAGGCAUAUCCUGAUCUUGAGCCUAAGGGCAAGGCAGUCAAAGGGAAACAGUGUUAGUCAUGCAAGCUGGGCCCCAAGGGGACACAGUCAGACUUUGCAUGAUAUUGAAAAAGAAGCAAGGAAAUGAAAAAAAACAUGAAAGUAUUGUUGUCUUACCAUUCUUCAAAAAUAAGCUCUAGUAUGAAAUGUGUCACUGCUACAGCUGCACUAAGAGCAAUCACAUAGUGGGAUAUUAAGAAAAAAAUAAUGCCAUAGAGGUUGUAAUAACUGAUUUAUUUCUGGAAUGGAAUUCUCUAAUUAACAACAAUUAUCACAUAAAAAUAAAUAACAAAAUACUUAGCUGACAUAAAUACAGUGCCUAACAACUUAAUUUCUUUACAUAUAAAGAUAUAAGGAAACCAUCACUUGAUACAAGGAAAUAUAUCUUACAUCAUAAUCACAUCUAAAGCAUUUAUAUUACGAAAUAUAAAAUGUAUGUAUCAUUGUACAUGAUUCAUAGUUAACAAAAUAAUUAAACUCUGGGCCAUCACACUUCUACAGACAGGCUGGUAAUAUUACAGAAGACAACCUUAUAUCAUCACUCUAAAAUUGAUUUGAAGUUUAACUUGUAUGACAGGAUACUGCAAACAAUUACAUAUGUCUAAGCAGUUGUUGUAACAAAAUUGCUCAUGUAAGAGCACUUCUCCCCUGUGGUUCUUGUCUGCAGCUUACCAUCUGCCCAUCUUGUGUGAACUUCUGCUUCCUAUAAAAAAAAUAAAAAACGAAAAUCUCUGCCAUGCAUGCUGGCUUUCGAUCAUAUGGUUGGACAUUUUCCUACACUGCCUAUGGACUACAGAUGUACCAACUCUUAACAGCUCUCUUUCUUUUGCAUUAAUAAUUUCUGAACUUUCAUGGUACUUCAUCACAGAAAUAUAAUGAUUCUCUUGAUGCAUCUACAAAAUAUAGGGAGCCCUUAUCAGUAAUCACGUAAUUGGCUGUUGCUGUUAGUUAAAUUUUAACUUUAUGGCAGAGAAUGUUGUGCUUAUGUGGAAAAUAUUCAUAACUACUCAAGUUGGUUUUUAUGAUUGUUUAUUCAGUUCCAUGAUUAGGCUAUGAUUAAGUAUCUAUUAAAGUUUGGAGUCUUAGGGGAAAGAAAGAGAUAUCUGGGGUGAGUGAGGGGGAAGAAACAUAAUAUGCAUGUGUUGUACAUUUUCAAGUCAACUUCUAGCAGGUUGCAGCUGCAGGCAGGAUUCUUGCAUACAUUUGUGUGAAAGGCCAUCAAAAGGAUGUACUCAAGAGGGCAUAUGUGUGUAGUUGACAGCUGUGUUUAUUUUAUACUUAUUCUUGAGCUGCUUAGGUAUUAUGAAGGAUGUAAGAGUUUGAUUCACAAUAACAGGGGUUUGCCAUGCCUUUCCCACUGGACAUGUGGGACUUCAUGUGUUGUUGAUAUGGACUGGAAUGAUGUAGUCUGAAGCUUUAAAUAUUUAAGGGAUAGCACAUAUAAGUACACUCUAUAUAAAUAUCGUACCCUGAAUGUUAAUAUGUGCUUGAUUGCAUCAAUAAUGAUCAUAGCUUCCAUGCCUAGUUCUUUCCAUUUACAGGACUCAGUAGCAAGUGCGAGGGUCUAUUGUUGUAGUACUAUAUAUAUUUGUUUUAUUUUAUUUAUUUAUUUAAAUUUUUUACCAUUAUUUCUCUCUUUUCAUGCAGGGAAUAACACUAAGCACAACCAACAGUAUCACUUAGGAAUAAAGUAAUCAUAAUACAGAUAAAAGGCAAUGAGCUUAGAGGUGAUAUACUAUAUUGUACUUUUACAAGGAUUUAUCUUUCCAGUAUGUGCAGUUCUGAUAAACCUGUAUUACCUUCAGGAGUUGGUAAAUGGGGUGGUUGGGGCUGAGUAGAAUGGUAAAAAGGUUACAUGAAUUGAUGGAUGGUGGAUGAGGAAAUAAGGCAGGGUGGAAUUGAUGGAAUGCUUAACAGUGGAUGGGACAUACGUAUAAACGUGAAUGUAUGCAUAGUAGAAGGCUUGGCUUAUUAUCUGCCACCUUCUUCAGCUUGUUAUGAAGGAAGUGGUUUCAUGUUAGGCUGGUUUCAUCAAUUGUCUCUCUCUAAGCCUGUGUGGUUGUUUGUGAAGAGACAGUAUAUUACAAAUUUGUCAUCCUGGUUACUAUACCUAUAUGUGAUUUAUUUAAGAAUGAUGAAUGGCCUCUAUUAUUGUCUAUAUACAGGAUUUGCUUGUUGCUGCUGCACUUACCUAGGGAAGUAUGACUUUUCCUCUUCUUUUUCCUUCUUCUUUGACAUGUGUUCCCUUUAGUAGAGUUUAAUGUUACCUUAUCUUAUAGUGAGUAUUUAUCUAUCAAGUUGAUUCUCCUUCAUUUUAGAAAAAAAGUACAUUUUCAGUAUGUCUCCAAACCUGAGGAUAUUUGAAAGUGGAACCAGUAGAAAGACUGGAAAACAUUUCCAUUUUUCAUAUGAAAACAUGCUGUGGAAACUUCUCAUUCAUGUGCACGUCCAUUCUCUGCGGUCACCAUAUAUAGGAAGUUGCCUGAAUGUUUGGUUUUCCUUUUUCAUCUUUGGUUCCCUAGUUAGUCCACCAGUCAAGGAAUAUGCUGAAGCUGAGUGGCUGGAUCUGUUUAGUCGUUCAACUUGAUAGUUCUUAUAGUCAAUGCAAUUUAGAUGUUAGGAUGGGAAGAAGACCGGUGUUAGUUUUGUAUUUAUAUUUGUACAAGAAUGUAUAUGGAUAAAUGAAUAUAUAUAUAUUUAGGUACCCCUUUUAUUGUUCGUAAGGCAGAAAUUAAUAUGAGAGAACAAUGCAAAGACAUUGAUGUAUGUAUUUAUACAUAUAUUUUUUAUUUUAUACUAAGAAAUUGAUAACUUUCUCUUGCAGUUCAGAAUUUAUUUUAUUUUAUUUAUUAAUACAAAGAAGGAAAUCAUCUUUCAAACAUAGUAUCUUUCUAUCUGUACAAACAUUUACCUAUAUUACUUCAUCGCUCAAAUACAGGUCAUGCCUCACUUUUUCUUCCUUUGCAUAAAGAGUGAAAGGACAUCAUUUUAAAUCACAGAAAUGUAUAAGAACACAUCAGUACUGAAACAAGUGAAUGUUCGAAUGACAAAAAUGUGUAAAUCUAGGGAGGGAAAAUACUCCCUAAAAUGAAGUUGUGUCUCUUGUAGCUUUUAACUGCUGUUGUCUCUACUCGAAAAUGCUUCCAGAAUAAGAAAUGCUGCAGUGUGGAAGUAUUUCCAUAAGUAUGGAAAUUUCAAAACUGAGUUUUGAGAUUUUGAUCUAAGUGCAUUUAUUUCUGGAUAUAUUUUUCAUGGGUGAUACAGAGGAAGAGUGAUUUUGAUGUGCUUCCUUACAAAGACACAGCGCCUGAAAGCACUAAAAAUUCAUAUAUGACUUUUCUUCCAGCCGUAUUUGCUAAUUGCUUGUAAGAUUUAGCAUAAUAAAGCUUAGAAAGGAAAA